CCCACCCUUCAUGCCGAUAAGAUAGUCCGUGAUAGUAUGAUGGUAACGUUCAUACUUCGUGAAACAAGACUUCAUGUGGCAUAUGAAGCUGGAUAUGAAGCAGGUGCUUUUCUGCAUCACCAUUGUGACUUUGGUGGGCUGCACUGCAGCUCACUUGGAUGCAGAGCAUCACACCCAUGCAUCAUCAACAGAAAAAGUGCCUGUGACAGUACAUGAUGGAAGUCCGUUCCCGCCGGCGGCCACGGCGGCGCUGGACGUGGGGUUCGCGCACGGAUUCGUCGCGGCCUUCUCCGUCAUCAUCGUGUCCGAACUGGGCGACAAGACCUUCUUCAUCGCGGCUAUCAUGGCCAUGCGCCACCCCCGGACGGCGGUGCUGCUGGGCGCCGUCGCCGCCCUCUUCGCCAUGACCGUGCUGUCCGUGCUGCUGGGCUUCUCGGCCCAGGUGAUCCCGCGCCUCUACACUUACUACAUCUCCAGCGCCCUGUUCGCCUUGUUCGGCUUCAAGAUGCUCUACGACGGCAUCCGUAUGGGUCAGAACGAGGCGCAGGAGGAGUUCGAAGAGGUGCAAACGGAUCUGCGCAAGCGCGAGGACGAGCGCUCGAAGACGCCACUGGAUGUAGAAGCAGGACGAGAGCGACACAGCCCCCUGUCGUUCGUGUCAGGCGUCUUCCUGGAGGCGUUCACGCUGACAUUCCUGGCCGAGUGGGGCGACCGCUCGCAGAUCGCCACCAUCCUCCUCGCGGCUAGAGAGGUCGCCCGCCGGCAGGAUGCGUGGGGCGUGACACUGGGCAGCUUUUUGGGGCAUUCUCUGUGCACCCUGCUGGCUGUGGUCGGCGGCCGUCUCAUCGCGCAGCGGAUUUCGGCCAAAACAGUCACGCUGCUGGGAGGCGUGGUGUUCCUGGUGUUCGCCGUCAGCGCGCUCUUCAUCAGCCCGGACAGCUAGAGCGGCCCGGCCGCGGCGGCUGCCAACACGCGCGGCCCACGGAGCCGGUGGAGCGGCCCCCGCCGGCUGACGCGAUGUGCGACACCCCUGUGGGCGGCGUAGAGGCGCCCAAUGCAGCAGCUCCCAUUCCAGUUUGUUGUUUUCCGCCGGAUUUAGAUGAUUGGGAAGUGGGGAGCAGCGGGAUGGUUACUAGAUGUCAGUGGGUCACACAUUUGUUUUAUUUAUUGAUCGUUAUUAGCUGUUGCCGAGGUUGAUAUUUUGAUGACUUAACUAGUCAGCAGCUUCUGACAAAGCAGCCUAGUCAAGGGUGCCGGCGAUAUUGCCCAUCGCCUCGUGUGGGGCACCCAAUGGACGGGCGCGUAGAUAGUGCCAAAGAUCAUAUUACCGAUAUGCAGGAAGAUUCGACAAGAUUCUGGACUCUGUGUCGUAGGCAGCGCAGUGCCGUCCAUCAUGUUCCGUUGCGACGUUUUAUGCCGACCGUUUCAGCUUGACCGAGAUUGUUGGGGCGUCUCGUGUUCACAAGGAGUCCAGUUGGCGGCCUGCUAGCCUGGCGUGGGUCUCACCUUAUGCGUGUGUUAUGGCCCUGGUUCGAGCCUGCAGAUUCGGCCGCGGAAGUACGUCACCGUUGAAUUCCGGGCGGAUGUGCUUGUAACUCAGCAGGCAAACUGAUAUGCCAAUGAACUUGUAACUUACGGUUUUGUCAUUGUAAGGCCGAGGCUCACAUUCGUUGGUUCUUACGCUGCCUGUUCACGCGUGAGACCGAAACUGGCCUGGGCAUCACCAUAGUGGUAUGAACCGACAUUUCGCUGAGAUCAUUGAGUUCUGCAUGUCGUCACACGUUGCUUAGUGUGUUACGCGUGUAGUCUUUGUCUCAUUCAACGUCAGGACGACCGCGAAUAGGCGCUAUUGACCCGGUCUCUGCGUUUGGGGGAACGCGGUGGAUAUGGCACAUACAAUGGAAGUUUCUUGCAGUCAGUUCAUGGCUUCAGGUUGUCACCUUAAAGCUGAGAUGCCGAGAUUCAAAAGCAGGAUGUUUUCAUUGACCCUGUUUUCACUGAAACAAAGCGAAUACCGCAUGGCCUGUGGUUGCUACCUCAGAGGUCGCUCGUUCUACAAACCGGCCUGCU